GCCAGCGUGGAUGUCACACGGGUGUCAAAUAAAAAAGCUGAAUGACGUUAUUCAUGUAAUGUAAAAAAAUAUACACAUUCGUAAUAAUUAUUAAGUUGUGCAACAAUGAAUCUCAUUCAAGUGAAAGCGAGGCCGUAUUUAUUUAAGAUGCUUUUUAUUUUUACACUUGCAUUUACUAUAGUUGCAACAGCGGAUUUAACAUACAAAGUUAAUGAUAAAAAUUAUAUUGGUAUAAAGCCAGAGUUUAUUGCCUAUGAUCACGUCCGUGAACGACGUGACGUCGACAACGCUUCUGUGCCUGCCGCGCCUGCCACAACAAAUGCUUCCAAUUCAGGGGCUUCCUCUAUUACGUCUACCACCGUGCCUACACAAACUAUCAACACAUCGGGUGCAAAAUUGUCACCACCAACGGACAUAUCGAAGAUUCCACUCCUUGGUGUCAACGGUUCAGGGAUUUUACACGUCGAUGUUAACACAAAUAACCCCAAAGUGAGCGAACCGAUCACGCCAGAUGAUAACACGACUGAUGUGUUCAAAGAAACUCCUGAAACUAUAAAGGCUGAACACAAUAUAAGUAAUCUCACUUAUGAUAACCACAACUUUUACAAUAGUACAUUCAUUGGGGAUCCGGAAACCUUUCGGCAGUAUUGGGCCAACAUAACAGCGCCAAAGGCGGAAAUACAUGAUGUGCUGAGUAACUCACACCGACGCGCGAUGACAAUCAAGACGAAGUUCCCGUUCCCGUUCUACGGGCAUCCCGUUACUAACAUGACAGUUGCGACGGGCGGAUUCAUCUACAUGGGCGACCAAGUGCACAAUUGGCUCGCGGCCACUCAGUACAUAGCCCCACUCAUGGGCAACUUCGACACCACGCUCACUAAUGACAGCUUCGUCAAAAUGUACGACGACGGUGAGAAAUUCACUGUAUUCUGGGAGAAUGCCACCCUCCGACAAGACGUUGAGAAGAAGUUUACUUUCGCUUUGACGCUGUAUAAGAAUGGUGACAUCAUAUUCGCGUAUAAGGACAUUCCUCUACCGGUGAAAGACAUCAUUGAUAGCGAACAUCCAGUGAAAGUUGGCAUCAGUGACGCCUACUUAACCGACAAGUUCCACUACCAUGUGAGACGCAAGACAAUCUACGAAUACCACCGUGUAUCGUUCAAAAACUAUGAAAUCACAAACAACACCAUCCUCAAACUGAUAGCACUUCCAACGUGUCUACAGUACGACUCGUGCCAGAGCUGUGCUAACCACGAAACCGGAUUCAAAUGCCUUUGGUGUGAUCAAAUCCAACUGUGCUCAAGUGGGACGGAUCGCAAUAAGCAGGAUUGGAUUCUGAGACAUUGCGACAAGUCCGCCAUAUCCAACGAGACGUCGUGCCCAGCGACCGCGCACGUUGACGCGCCCGACGGCUCCGGCAAAAUCGUGUACACGACCGACACCAGGCAGUCGCCCACGCACGACACGGCCAUCGUGACCACGGGCGCCGUGAACUCGGAGCCAGCCGCCAAGGCGGCGACGGCGGUUAAGGCAGCGGCGGUGGCGGCCAGCAAUCCUGCAGAAGAGGUGCACCACGCCUCGUCGCCAGUGGGCGGCGUGGUGGGCGCUUUCGUCGCUGUGGCUUUGGUGUGUAGCUUCGCCGCAUGGACGCUGUACGCGUUCAAGAACCCACACACACGCAGCGGACAGCUCCUCAUUAAGUACCGUCCGUCCACUUGGAGCUGGCGCCGCGGCGAGGCGCGUUACACAGCCGCUACCAUACAUAUGUAAUGAAAAAUAACCCUUAUGUUAUAAUAGGUAUAACGCACAUAUCACAUGCGUUUGUUACGCGUGCCGCAAUGCGGAUGGAACAGUGCUUCUUAAUAUUUACAAAACAGCGUUACUGCAUCCAUACAUAUACAACUGGGUACACCUAGUUAUUGACGUAUAUCAAUACAAUACACGUACUAAGGCCCGGUUUGUACAAACCACCGGCUAACGUAACAGGUAAAAAUUUUAAGAUGCGUACGAACUUAACCGACAGUUAUCUCACUAGCGUUGCUUUGUGGUAGAAGCAACAGUUCGACGAUGUCAUUCGGGUUGCCAUUUUAUUUUACAAGGGCAUUUAGCCUAUUGUUAUGACCCGUCCGAUCCCGUAAUGUGCAUUUGCCGAACAUGUUAUACAUGUUUUAACCUAGUUUCGAAAUACCUAACAUGAAAAUAGUUAUUAUAUAUAUUCUCUAUUCGCUACGUAUCAUUCAGGUUGAAUAAUUGGAUUUCAAUAUUUGGUGGAAGCGGGCUAUACUUUGCGGAAUCUCAUUAUGUGAACAUGAGUGCGUUUUGGAAGAACUGUUUGCUAGAAAGAUUGAAGAAAUUAUAAAUUGCACCGUGCUGAUAUUCGCAGAUUAUAGUUUAUGAAGCGUAACGCUCAUUACAAUUGAAUUCAGUUGGGUAUACGUUAGCGACAACCAUUGCUUCAGUCAGCACAGGUUGAUGGCGGAUGUUGGAACAAUACUGUGUUUGGUUUACAUUGGUUGGCACCAUAGUUAUAAGUUCCGUCAAAGCUUAAGAUUAAAUUAAGUUAAAGUUUACUGACCGCAACCGGGCCUAGUACCAGACUAAAACUAGUUGAAAUCGCACUCCGAAAUUUAGCCGUAACAUAUUACAUACCUGGUUAAGAAUCACUGUGCUAUCUAAGAUUUCUACAUGCCUUGUUUUUCGAUUACUUAUUAAUUUUUUAAUCGUGCGAAUAAUAUAUCACUUGUAUAUUCCGGCGAAUGGUGCCUUCUUAUGGAAAUUAUGACGAAUCAAAAAGACUAUUGAAUCAGUAUGAUGAAUGUAUGUAUAUAUUUUUGAUGCCUUUAUGUAUUACAUUAAAAUUGUAUUAAAUAUUCGGUAUUAAAUUUUUUUAUAAUUGUUUGAAAAGAAAAGUUAUUACUUGUAUUAAUUUUACUAGAAAUUUUAUUAAAAGGAAAACUAACAUUGAAACGGACUAUAAUUAAGUCGAAUAGAAAAAAAUAUAUUAUAUAUCUAUAUUUUUUAGAUGCCUUUAUGUAUUACAUUAAAAUUGUAUCUAAAUAUUUGGUAUUAAAUAUUUUAUAAUUGUUUGAAAAGCAAAGUUAUUACUUGUAUUAAUUGUACUAGAAAUUUUAUUCAAAGGAAACUAACAUUGAAACGGACUAUAAUUAAGUCGAAUAGAAAAGAAAAUGUUGCUCAAUUAUUCAGAUUAAAGCCACGUGGCGAUCUGCGCUUAUCCUAAAAUUCCUAGCGUCAUACUUAUGAUAAAAUAUAUAUCACGUAACAUGUUCAUUUAAUAUGUGCCUUCGAGUUCCGUAAGACUUUUCUAUCAUAUUUACAACAUGUUCAGUAAAUAAGUUCCUUUGUAUUCUGUAAGAAUUUAUCUAUGAUAAACAUAUCAUGUAAAAUUAUCAUUUAAAGUGCCUUCGAGUUCCGUAAGACUUACCUAUCUAUCAUAAAUAUAUAAUGUAACAUGUUUAUUUUAUACGUUUAUACAAGUUGCGUAAAAAUUAACCUAUGAUAUAUACGUCAUGUUACAUUUUAAUUUAAUAAGUGCCUUUGUAUUUUGUAUGACUUUAUCUUUGAUAUAAAUAUAAUGUAACAUGUUCAUUAAAUAAAAGUCUUUAAGUUCCUUUUGCUAAGACUUGUUACGUCCUAAAUUGUAUAACAUUAUAAAUACUAACGUAGAAAUUUUUAAUAUACGCUAUCAAAGAGUAAUAAUAAAGAAGGCAGCUAUUUUAUAACUCACGGGAUCGGCAGGCACGAUAUUAUUUACCGCCACUGCUAUUUGUGCCGCUUUCUAUGAUAAGCAUAUUAUAAUAAGAUAUGUAAUAGUGAAACUUCAAUAUCUUUUAAACAAUAGUGAUAUAAAGUACAAUUCUAAAUUACAAAAUUUCACUAAAUCUAAAAUCUAAUACAAUGCAUGAAUCUAAUUAUUUAGCCCAGAUUAUUACUAGAUCUUUGUUGCCGAUAGUGCGAUAUUUCUGUAAAGAACGCAAUAAAACCCGGGGGGAGAUGUCUAAUCUUCCGCCAAAAUUACCGCAGCUAAAGUAAUUCAUUAGCUUUCAACUUUUAAAUGCUACUUGUUUACCUAAACAGUUUGCAUGGAAGUUAUUUUAUUACGCCUGUCCACGGAAAAUCUAUGUGUUUCUAGAUAGAGGCAGCGUAGCAUUUCACGUAGUAGUUUUUUUGCGCGCUACUGUAGCUAUGUCUGAAUAUUAGCAAUCUCUUAAUAUUGAAAGUAUAACCAAAAUUCUUGCGGGAUGCAUCGUCGAAAAUUUUCUUAAAAUAAUGAUGUUUAAAAUAUAUAUCUAAAUAAACACUACCAGAAUAUAAUAUGUAAUAUUAUAUUGCAGUAACAUGGAUAUUAAUCCAUUAAAAUACAGCAUUAUACAAACACUAUAAAAUUCAUGAAAUGUGAAACUAAAAAGUUAUAAAAUCGGGCAUAAUAAACAUUUUUUUAAAUUGUUUUUAAACAAAAUUGUUAAAUUUACUCAUAUGCAUUGCUUUCUAAGAAAAUUAUUAUACUGUUAUCAAAACUCUAGCAUAUAAGCAUGGUGUUCAGUAUACUAUAGUUGAGAAGUCGAAUUCUGUUUACAUUGUGGACUUUUCUUUGUAAUAUUGUUUUGGCUGUUUUUCGUAACUCUCUUUUAGAGUUUUCACAGUGCACUAUGAACUAAUUUUACUAUAUUGUAUACAUCGCUGGAAUAAUAAUAGUUAGGAUAUAUUAUACAGUGGAUAUUAGAGUGAUAUUAAAUAUAGAAUAUUAUAUUAAUUUUAUUACCCUCUUAUUUUGUCUACCCUUGUUUUCUUUUGUAAUACGAAUCGAUAGAGAACACCAAAGAUGUUUGUUAAAAAGGGAACAAAACAGUUAUUUGUUAAUAUGGUGUGCUUCAGAUAAAAAUGUUCUUAUGUAAUCACUUAUAUUCAUGCAGCUUAGCAUAGCAGCUUUUAUGUUAUCAAACAUUUACUAUAUAAUUACUUUUACUAUAUACACUUAGGUCCACUAUCAAGUUUAAUUGUAUUUUUAUUUUAUAUAAAUAAAAAGUAAAUUAUAUUUAUUUAAGGGACCAAUAAUGAUUUCUUAAUAAAUGUACCGUUAAUUAAA